GAAUUUGAGGAAAUUGAUACUGGAAAGUCCUUGAAAGGUCCUUGAAUUCGAUGUUGACCAAGGUGUGGGAACCCUGGUUAAAAUCAGAACUGCAAACAGAACCAGUUAGACUCGGUGACCUUGACUCAGGCGGCCGCAGCACCAGUGCUGUGUACCAUGGCCCCGUCACUGUAAUGGAGACCUCAUUCGACUGAGAUAUUACAGGGGGGCCAACGUGGGGAAGGUUUUGUGGAAGGAAAGUGAAAACAGCAAAGAAAAGAGAUGCAGGGGAUAUUAAAGAGGGGCAGCAUCCAGAUCAGUUAAAAACUACAAUUACAUGUUUAGUUAGCCAAAAAUGCUCUUAGGCUAAAUCUUCUGUCAGAUGUGAUUAUGGAGAAUUGGAUCAGACCAUUUUCCUAUAAUGAACAAAAACCUUGUAAAGACUAUCCUAGUGUUAAACAUUUUUUUUAAUUAUUGUUUUUUUUUUUACUGAUAAUUCUCCAAUUAUUCAAAAGUUGCUUAUUUAUGAAGAGGUGUGUUUCUUUCAUUCUCACAGUAAAGACCUGCUCACUCUCCGUCGUGUUCGGCUUGCUUCAGUAAGACACAACGCAUUAGCCUUUGGACCCAACCCCCAAAUAACCACUUAUUCUGUACAUUACUCAGGGCCAUUUUUCCUAAUGGGCUUCGGCAAGUAAAUCAUGUCAACCCACUCCCAUUUAGCGACUGUAUGUUUUAUUAAUUCUCAGCUAAUCUAAAUUACCAUCUGUGAGUCCAAGGGAAGGAAAUUAAACCAACAAAGUCUGGGCUUUGCCAGGAUUCUUUUUACUAGCGAGCUUGUAGCAAGGAUCCAGAAGUUGAAGGCUAUAAACAUGACUGCUGGUUAGUCAGUUAUAGAUGACAGCAAAACAGUAAUCAAGGAUGUUGCUUCAGAUUGAGGAUUUAUCUGCCAAAAACUAAGUCAGAGAAAAUGUACUUAUGCUAAAAAUGGUUUGACUAGUACCGUAAAUAUUAAGUGAGUAUUUUUCUAUUUGAGUCUAAAGAGUCCAAGUCUGUAUUUUACCAGGAGAAUCAGAAGUGUUUUGUGUUUGGAAGUGUAAGCUCAGGUUUUUCAGCAGACGAUGGACAGCUCGAGACACUUGGCAGAAAAUCAAAGAGUGGGUAUUCCAGAUUUGUGCAGUUCUGUCUGGCUGCCGGACCCAGAUCCUUUAAUCAACCUCUUGGCCCAGUGACUCUUGGGAUUAAUGCCCCCCACCUCGAAUGCUCAUUGUCUGGUUUUCCCUCUUGCAGAACUGAAGGAUUUCAUUUGUAGAGUGUUUCAGAGACCUGCAAUUGGUGCUUUUAUGGCUUCAAGCAUUACACACCAGGCACUAUUGUUGGGGCUUUCACCAUGAUUGUGAGUGGCAGAGGGACUUGUCGGUCCCUGCGGUGUGAAUUAGCCACACCCACCCCCACCCACCAUGUCACCCUCCACUCCGGACUCCAAUCUUGUAAUCACCAAUCAGGUUCCUCCUGUCUUUAUCCUGAGAGUCUAAUAUCUAAACUGCAAAAUCUGGUAACGCUACAAACCUGGUGAGCCAAGAAGUAGCAAAGCCAGUCGGUGGGGAGCAAGGUGGGGGAGUCAGGAUAAUUUCAGGAUGUGUGUGUGCGCCUGCUUAGAGCUGGUAUUAAACGAUAACACACACCUGGUGUGUCAGUAGUAGAGAAGGGAACAGAUGGUAGGAGGUUUGGUUCAUUGCAGGCCUGGGCAGUUAUUACAAGUGGAGAUCUAUCAACAAUCUCACCUAAAGAGUAACUACCUGGUGUUUAUGGCAGAGCUGUUUUGGUGGUUUGAGGUGGUUAAGCCUUCUUUUGUAAAGCCAAGAAUGUUGGACARUGAAGGCACAGAAUCAUCACUAUUAAAGAAUAUACCAGUCAUCCCCAUCUCCAAGGUGACUAAGAGAAGUUUCUUAGAAAGACCUCCAAGUCCCGAAAGACCCAGUUUGCCCCUCCGACCCCAGCCUCGAAACUCAGGAGAGAUCAAGAGGUCAACCUCCAUGUCCUUCGUUGAUGGCAACCUUGGGACAUGGCCCAAAGAGAAAAGAUCUGGGCCUUAUGGAGUAUCGUUUGACAUCCCCUUUGACAAAGAAGACUCUGCUCCUACCCUACUUUCCUCCAGCCGGGGCAUGGUCAGGUCCGUCAGCACCGACGAUGGUUCUGGAUUCAAGGUCCACCACAUGCCUCGCGGAAUGAAGCGCAACCUGUCCUUCCAGCCAGUGAACGGUCAGAGUGUUGGCAUUGAAGAGGAAGGCUGCCCAGACAGCCUUGCURGCAUGGAGACUAACAGGCGACCGUACCCCAACGGACACGGAGCGGUCGUGGGAACAGCUUCUUCCAUGGACGAAGUGCUCCACGUUGUCCACAGUCCAAAUAGACCACCUGCAGAGGGCAUCAACAAUGGUUUCUUCUUGCACAGUCAAAACCACGAAGCUGGCAUUAGCGGUUUAGACCCAGUGUCGGAGCUCGACUCUAAAGACCUCCUGAGCACCACAGACACCACAGAGGUCGACACUGGUAUCCACAUCCGAACAGAGGACAUGCUGGAUGAAGACUCCUCUCUUAAAGACUGCUCUGUGAACAUGGAGCUGGACAUGGACUCGCCGAGCCCCGGCGCAGGCGGUCGGAGCAAAUCCCCACCCGGAAUGAAGAUGACCAGCUUUGCCGAACAGAAGAUGAGGAAGCUCAGUCCGUCGGCAGCAGAUUCAGGCAGAGGCAGCAGCAGCUCCAUGAAAACAACUCCCGAAGGUUCUGAGUUCUGCCUUCCAUUAUCCGUCUCCUGGGCACCGACCCCCGAGCACAGCCCCGUCCAUCAACAAACCCCACCACCUGCUCCCGUUCAGGCAUCGCCCAAAUCUGUCCAGCUUCCGCCCAAUGACCCCGCUCAGGUCAUGGCUACAGAAAUGGUGCAGCUGAAGCUGAGGCUUGAGGAGAAGAGGAAAGCCAUCGAAGCGCAGAAGAAGAAAGUAGAGGCUGCUUUUACCAGACAUCGACAGAAGAUGGGCCACUCCGYAUUCCUAAAUGUGGUGAAGAGAAAAGCUGACGGAGCUGCCAGCGGAGAGGAAAGCAUGAAAACCAAUGGAGAAGGGAAGUCAGAAAGUGCAACAGUGACAUUUGGUAGGAGCAAGGCAGACACACCUGAUGGGGCUGAACAGAGCAGCACAACCACGUGUUGGAAAAAGCCACCAGGUGCCGGAGAGGAAGGCGGUCAAAGCCACGCUCAGCUGACAGAACUGGAUCUGGCAGAAUACACACGUUCCAUCGAGAAGCUCAACCAUUCCUUGGCUUUCCUUCAGGCGGAGAUGCAGCGAUUGUCUCAGCAGCAGGAAGUGAUCAUGGCCAUGAGGGAACAACAGCAUCAGCAGGCGUGGGUCAUUCCUCCUCCCCACACAAACCCCUCGCCACAAAAACACACCCGACCAGUCACCCGAUCGUCGGGGCCCUCUUCCCCCGCCGACUCCCCUCGCUCCGCCCAUCGCUCGCCAACCAGCAUCAAGCGCAAGUCGGCCUCGUUCCACUCACGGAAUCCUCGCACCGCCCGGCCCAGCGAGCUCAAGUUGGCUCCAUACAGCCGGGUCCUGAAAGCUCCGCAGUCUGUUGAUAGCAUUCCAAGACUACGGCGAUUUUCUCCCUGUCAGCCUGCGGUAAGCUCUUUCAUCUACAUGGGAGAGAAGCCGGCAGCUCACAGUCCAGAGACGGCAGCUCCAGAUGGUGACAGUAACAAGGAUGCGGAGGCACUCGUGCCCCCAGAGAGAGAGCUGGUGGCUACAUGUGCAGCCGUAUCGCCACUCAGCUCCCCCAGCCGGCAGAUCAAAGGAGGAGAAACUGAAGUGGAUAUAAAUGCCCUGCCAACAGAGGGUCACGGUCUCUUAAAGACUUCUGACAUGGAAACAGAUGAGCAGGAUGACAGCACUCAGAAACCUUUGAUAGAACUAAAACCUACAAUAGAGACAUCAUUCCCCGAGGUUCUGUCCCACCCUGUGGUAGAGACCUUCACACUGACACCCACAGAGAUACCAUCUAAGCCAGAACCCUCUGUCCAAGCCAAGAGCAGUCUAAUGGAGGUUCCUUUGUCAGUUGUAAAGCCCAUAGAAGAUCUGAUAAUUGACGAUGUUCUGGAAGUGGAUCAGGACAGUAUGGAGAGCUUGGAUGAUGAACAAAAGCUGUGUCGUGGUUUCUUCUUCAAAGAGGAUGGAAAGGCAGAAGAAAAUAUGGCACAGAAGAGGGCUGCUCUGCUGGAGAAAAGAAUGAGAAGAGAAAAAGAGAGCCAACUGAAAAAGAUGCAACUGGAAGCGGAGCUGGAACAAAAGAAAGAGGAAGCUCGACUGAAAGCAGAGGAGGAGCGAGUCAGAAAAGAGGAGGACAAGGCCAGGAAGGAGUUCAUCAAGCAGGAGUACCUCAGGAGGAAGCAGCUGAAGCUGAUGGAGGACAUGGACACAAUCAUCAAGCCCAGAGCGGCCGGGGGUGCCAAGCAGAGGCGGGCCCGACCCAAGUCUAUCCAUCGUGACAGCAUCGACUCUCCAAAGACCCCUGUCAGAGCUGCCACAGGUUCACGGCAACGUGUCUUUUCAGUCUCCAGCUUGUCCCUGGCAUCCCUCACCCUGGGCGACAGCGACAGCGUUCACUCCGAGAAGAGGGCACCAAGGCCAGAUUCUGCAGAUGGCCUCCUGUCACCAAGUCGCUCCAGCAGCAGGAAUGGAGAAAAGGACUGGGAAAAUGCAUCGACCACUUCAUCUGUUACAUCCAACACAGAGUACACAGGACCCAGGCUGUACAAGGAGCCCAGUGCUAAAUCUAACAAACACAUAAUCCAGAAUGCUCUGUCCCAUUGCUGCCUCGCAGGCAAGGUCAACGAGGGGCAAAAAAACAAGAUCUUGGAGGAAAUGGAAAAAUCUGAGGCCAACAACUUCUUGGUUUUGUUCCGGGAUUCCGGCUGCCAGUUUCGAUCCGUCUACACUUACUGCCCCGAGACCGAGGAGAUCAACAGGCUGGCAGGCAUCGGCCCGAAGAGCAUCACACGCAAGAUGAUAGACGGGCUCUACAAGUACAACUCAGACAAGAAGCAGUUCAGUCAGAUCCCAGCUAAAACCAUGUCGGCCAGCGUGGACGCCGUGACGAUCCACAACCACCUCUGGCAAACCAAGAAGCCAGCCACCCCUAAGAAAGUAGUGCCUGUGCAGGCCUAAUGGAACCUACCCCAACAAUACUCCUCCAAAAUAUCCAUCUCAGUUUGCACUCCACUGUACAUAUCCAUAAAGAUUCAAAACACCUGCAAUGCCAGUUUGAGGAAUGCAUAUUUGUCUUUUUUUAUUCGUUUCUCCUCUCACAGCAUUCCUGUCCUUGUUUAUCCUUCAUACUAUGACCAGGAUGAGACAAGACUUAAAAGAUUAGGAACAACUGGAAUGUAAAACAGUGUUAAAAUGAUGUAUUCACGUGUUUUUAGAGAUUGACAUGUUUGGGUCCGUUUAUAAAGGCGUGUAGUUCCUGUUUGUAUGUGCCAAACGUCAAAAAGAAGACCGUAUGAAUGCUAGAACCUUUUACUCAGUACAAUGAAGCACUGAAUGUUUCCAAAUCAUGCAGAUUAAUUAUUUUUUCUUUGUGUUAUUCUGUUGAUGUUCAGCCUUAUGCACUUUUUUUUUGUGUGUGCGCGAGUGCAAUGAAGUGAUUGUAAAGCAGAAGAUUUUUUUGUAAUUGAGAGAAUACGGUUUUGUUUUAUUCUCUGUGGGUAAAACUGUUUGUAUAUUAGAGUACGUACAACUCCAAAGGGCCAAAAAGAAUAAUUGCAUACAGCUAGUAUUAACCACACAGUUCAUGUGUGCUCAGCUCAACAAACCCAAGAGGUUUCAGCUUUUUCUAAGUCCCCGUUUGAGGAAGUGAUUUUUGAAGAAUACAGGUGAGUGAUGCUAUAAUGAACAAAAUGCCAACAAUGGAUUUUUAAUGUACAGACUGUUGUUUUUGUAAUUUUAGUUAGAAGUUUCUUGUUUUCUGAAUAUACAAGUCAUUGCAAUUAGGUUAAAUUAUCACUUAGUUGGAAGUAGAGUUCAUAGAGUUUACAGUAGGAUUGGAAAAAUUGGAGAGUCUGUUUUUACAGCUGUUUCACAGCAGGUAUGUGAACAAAUAAAACACCUCUGUAUUAUUUUAUUUAUUAACAAAUGCUGCUGACAUGCAGGAUCUUUGCAUCAUACAAAUGUAAUGUACAAUUUKUUUUACCUGCAGGUGUGAGCAAUUUGAAAUUCAAGUAAUACAGACACCAGAGGUUUUGCUAUUUAUUACAACUUUGAAGUAAAUUCCACAGAAUUCACAAUGUGCAGUUAAAGCAUGCUCACAAAGCAGCAAAUUACACCAAGCUUAGAGCAUGUGGAUUUCAGAUUGAUUUAAAUUGUUUGAUUUCAAAAUAAUAAAAUAUGCAUCACAAUUCAUAAAAUUGUUGCUAAUAUGUGCAUCUGUUGCUGCACAAAUAAGUAUUCAUAUAAACAAAUUAAUAAGUAGUGAGUGCACAGGCAGCCUCUAAAUACAACUUGUCCUAAAUAGGUCAGACUCAUGGUGAUUUUGCUUGAGUUUAUUUUAUUUUAAUGUAAGUUUGCAUAAAAUUGCAAAGCAGACAAGAGUGGAGCCUAACUGCUGCAUACGGGUAGAGACUCAUCACUGGGUUUCAUUGGUGUCUGGUUACGUGACUCGCUACAGAAAGUCAAAUUAACACCAUGUGUGAUUUUGACUAAAAAAUUUGACAACAUGGUGCUUUAUUAUUUUGUUAAURGCGAUAUUUAUGACCACGUGGGAGGAUGUAGGUGUCUGAGGAAAUGUAAUCUAGUAUGACAGAGAGAAGUGUUUGUCUUCAGGGAGCUCUGUCUGUUGCUUUUUGGCUGUUUAAGGCCAAAGGGAAAAGAUCAUUUAAAGUGUAAUGAUUCUGUAUAUUGUGUUUGUGAGCUUUCUCUUCGCUCUGAUACUUUUKUUUGUCAAAAUGCUGUGCUGUCAUCUGCCAUCCUGCACAACAUGUAGUUUCAGAUUCAGACUGAUUUUAUUUUAGUUUUUGCAUUUAAUAAAUGAAAGCAUGGCCUCA